AACCUCAGACGUCAUCAGCAGCUGAUCCGGAGAUGUGGGAUUCUCCAGUGUAACCGCUCCUUACACAACCCAAGAAGACUCUGGACACUUCGCUUAACUUCAGGCUGUUGGAUUUCUGUUGAACUUUAUUGGAAUUCACUUUCGUUUGCGCCAUAAAAAGCUGUUUUGCUGAGGAGACUGAGGGACCUAAACUGAAGGGCUAUAGAAUGAGAGGAUGGCGUGUUUCCUCAAACAUCCGGGGCCUGACAGUUUACGUCGAUUCACCAGAGAGUCUUUGGCUGAAAUUGAGAAAAGGAUUGCUAAGGAAAAAGCUGAAAAGCCAACAAAGCCUCUUGUAGAAGAGGAAGAACACAAGCUACACCCCAAAAGUGACCUUGAGGCUGGCAAAACUCUGCCUUUCAUUUAUGGAGAUAUUCCUCCAGAGUUAAUCGGCGAGCCUCUGGAGGAACUGGAUCCCUACUAUGGCUCAAAGAGAACAUUCAUUGUCCUAAACAAGGGGAAGGCCAUCUUUCGAUUCACGACAACACCUGCAGUGUACCUGCUGAGUCCCUUUCACCCCCUAAGAAGAAUCGCCAUUAAAGUUCUAAUACAUUCAUUAUUUAGCUUGUUCAUCAUGUUUACCAUAUUAACAAACUGCGUCUUCAUGACCAUGAGUGACCCAGAACCUUGGACUAAAAAUGUAGAAUAUACCUUCACUGGGAUCUACACUUUUGAAUCAAUGAUAAAGAUAUUUGCCCGAGGAUUUGUAAUUGAUCCCUUCACAUUUCUCCGAGAUCCCUGGAACUGGCUGGAUUUUAGUGUCAUCACAAUGGCAUACGUUACUGAGUUUGUGGAUUUGGGUAACGUCUCUGCUUUAAGAACAUUUCGUGUUCUGCGGGCAUUGAAAACCAUUACAGUUAUUCCAGGAUUGAAGACUAUCGUUGGAGCUCUGAUCCAGUCGGUAAAGAAAUUAUCCGAUGUGAUGAUUCUGACGGUUUUUUGCUUAAGUGUAUUUGCACUUAUUGGCCUUCAGCUUUUUAUGGGAAAUUUGAGGCACAAAUGUGUGAUAUGGCCUCCACCAGCAGAACUGUUUUACAAUAAUACCUUCAUCGAAGAUGGGUCGGGAAUGGAUAAUUUGACUGGUAACAUCACUGGUGGAUUUAACUGGCAUGACUACAUUAAUAAUGAAGAAAAUCACUACUUUCUUGAAGAUGCUGCUGAUGCUCUGCUGUGUGGGAAUGGCUCAGAUGCUGGGAGAUGUCCUGAUGGUUAUAUGUGCAUUAAGGCUGGGAGAAACCCUAACUAUGGCUACACCAGUUAUGAUACAUUUAGUUGGGCAUUUCUGGCACUUUUUCGACUUAUGACUCAAGACUACUGGGAAAAUCUUUUCCAGUUGACCCUGCGUGCUGCUGGCAAAACCUACAUGAUCUUCUUUGUGGUCAUCAUCUUCAUUGGGUCGUUUUAUCUGAUUAACUUAAUUCUGGCUGUCGUGGCAAUGGCCUAUGCUGAGCAAAACGAAGCCACUCUCCGGGAGGCUGAGGAAAAGGAGAAAGAAUUUCAAGAGAUUCUAGAAAGCAUAAAGAAACAACAGGAAGAGCAAGCAGCACAGCUGCAUUCUGCUAAAGACCCGAUCGGCAGCCACUACUCACUCGCAAGUGACAGUGUACAGAGAAAAGAUGAUUCCCACAAUGGUCCCAUCGAGGAUGAGUGCGGCAUGGGAGAGGAAGGAGGGAGUCAUCGAGCAUCACUGACUGUCCCACACACCAAGCCAGUCAUCUCUAUUGCAGUGAAUGGAGUUGUUUCACAAGAUACUGAAAAUGGGACAGCACCCAAUGGCAGGGUUUUGCCACCUGGACUCAUGAAUAAAGUAGACAUGAGCAAUGGAGUAUCUGGUAGGGAUGCUGAUGACGAAAUCCCUGGGUCAAAACAUACCUCCCUGUUUCUAGAAGAACCAGCAUCCUCAAAGAAAGAUGGGAGUGUAGCCAGUGUGCACAGCAAUGCCGUACUAGAUGAAUUAGAAGAGGCACAUCAGAAAUGCCCUCCCUGGUGGUACAAAUUUGUCAAACCAGCGCUAAUUUGGGAUUGCUGCCUCCUCUGGGUGAAGUUCAAAGAAAUCAUGAAAGUUAUUGUGAUGGACCCAUUUGUGGAUCUGGGGAUCACAAUUUGUAUUGUGCUGAACACUCUCUUUAUGGCUAUGGAGCACUAUCCCAUGACAGAGAGCUUUGAAAGUAUGUUGUCCGUUGGGAAUCUGGUAUUCACAGGGAUUUUCACUGCUGAAAUGGUGCUCAAACUAAUUGCUCUGGAUCCUUAUUAUUACUUUCAAGUGGGUUGGAACAUAUUUGAUAGCAUCAUUGUGACUCUCAGCUUGGUGGAGCUAGGACUGGCGAAUGUACAAGGAUUGUCGGUGCUGCGUUCAUUCAGAUUGUUGAGGGUUUUCAAACUUGCCAAAUCUUGGCCAACUCUGAACAUGCUGAUAAAGAUCAUCGGUAACUCAGUGGGAGCACUGGGGAAUCUGACACUAGUCCUGGCCAUCAUUGUUUUCAUUUUCGCUGUGGUUGGAAUGCAACUCUUUGGCAAGAUGUACAGGCAGUGCGUUUGCAAGAUCUCAGAAGACUGCACACUUCCACGCUGGCACAUGAAUGACUUCUUUCAUUCGUUUCUCAUUGUGUUCCGCAUCCUUUGUGGAGAAUGGAUUGAGACAAUGUGGGAUUGCAUGGAAGUAGCAGGACAGCCCAUGUGCCUCAUUGUUUUCAUGAUGGUCAUGGUGAUUGGUAACCUGGUGGUGCUUAACCUCUUCCUGGCCCUGUUGCUAAGCUCCUUCAGUGCAGAUAACCUGUCAGCAUCUGAUGAUGACUCUGAAAUGAACAACCUACAGAUUGCAAUCAACAGGAUCACCAGAGCUAUCGACUUUGUCAAAAGCUUUGUUCUUGGCAUCUUACGAAGAAAAAAAAGUGUCCAGGAAGAUAAGCAAUUGGAUGAAUUUUCUUCCAAAACUGGGGCUCUUGAUUUUAACUACACAGACCAAGAGAAUAGAAAGAAAGAGUGUUCGAAGCUUGAUGGGGUUACCCUGAAGAAAGGGGACCAGCAGGAUGGUGUCUUGGCCAAUGCGCACUUGACUGUUAAAGUUCCGAUUGCUGAGGGCGAAUCUGAUGCUGAAGAUGAUGAACAAAGUACUGAUGAAGACACAGGUGAUGUUAACACGGAUCAGGAUUUCUUGAAAAAGAAAGAAGAGGGUCUGAAACCUGUAAAAAUGAUCAUUGAAUCUUCUCAGUGCAGCACUGUGGAUCUGAAGCCUGAAGAAGAAGAGGUGGCAGAGGUUGUAGAAGAAACUCCUGAAUCUGAUGAGCCAGUAGAGUGUUUAACAGAAGGGUGUUUGAGAGCAUGUCCCUGUCUGGAUAUUGAUAUAAAGAGCGACCGGGGAAAGAUGUGGUGGAACUUAAGGAAAACCUGCUUCAAGAUUGUUGAACACAAUUGGUUUGAAACAUUCAUUAUUUUUAUGAUCUUGCUCAGCAGUGGUGCUCUGGCUUUUGAAGACAUUUACAUAGAAAACAGGAAGAUAAUUAAGAUAUUGCUUGAAUAUGCUGACCAAGUAUUUACAUAUAUCUUUGUUGUGGAAAUGUUACUCAAGUGGAUUGCUUAUGGAUUUAAGACUUACUUCACCAAUGCAUGGUGUUGGCUAGACUUCUUGAUCGUUGAUGUGUCUUUGAUCAGCUUGACAGCAAAGAUCCUUGGCUAUGAUGAAUUAGGACCCAUCAAGUCUCUCCGGACCCUGAGAGCCCUGAGACCCCUAAGAGCUUUGUCUCGGUUUGAGGGAAUGCGGGUGGUUGUCAAUGCAUUGGUUGGCGCUAUCCCAUCCAUCAUGAAUGUUCUGCUAGUCUGUCUUAUCUUCUGGCUGAUUUUCAGUAUAAUGGGAGUGAAUUUGUUUGCUGGAAAGUUUUACAAGUGUAUAAAUACCACAGAUUCUGAAAUCUUUCCCAUUGAAGAAAUAAAUAACAAAACCGAUUGUGAAAAUUACAUUUCAAUGAUGCCAAAUGAAGUGCGAUGGGUCAAUUUGAAGGUCAACUUUGACAAUGUUGGUCAAGGGUAUUUAUCCUUACUGCAGGUGGCAACAUUUAAAGGGUGGAUGGACAUAAUGUAUGCAGCUGUUGACUCCCGUGAGAUGGAACAGCAGCCAUCCUAUGAAAUUAACCUCUACAUGUAUGUGUACUUUGUCAUCUUCAUCAUCUUCGGGGCAUUCUUCACCCUCAAUCUUUUCAUUGGUGUCAUUAUUGACAACUUUAACCAACAAAAGAAAAAGUUUGGAGGAAAAGAUAUAUUUAUGACAGAAGAACAGAAGAAAUAUUAUAAUGCUAUGAAGAAACUGGGUUCGAAGAAACCACAAAAACCCAUCCCAAGACCAAAUAAUAAAAUUCAAGGAGCUUUCUUUGAUUUUGUCAGCCAGCAAGCUUUUGAUAUAUUUAUCAUGAUUCUCAUUUGCCUCAACAUGGUGACGAUGAUGGUGGAAACAGAUGACCAAAGUAAAGAAAAAGAUGAAAUUCUUUACUGGAUCAACUUGGUGUUUAUUGUUGUGUUUACUAGUGAAUGUGUCCUCAAGAUCAUUGGUCUGAGACAUUAUUAUUUCACCAUCGGCUGGAAUAUUUUUGAUUUUGUAGUGGUGAUUCUUUCCAUUGUAGGUAUUAUGCUGGCAGAUAUAAUAGAGAAGUACUUUGUGUCACCUACCUUGUUCAGAGUUAUUAGGUUAGCCAGAAUUGGCCGUGUCCUUCGACUUAUCAGAGGAGCUAAAGGAAUUCGCACUCUGUUGUUCGCCUUGAUGAUGUCACUUCCGGCUUUGUUCAACAUUGGGCUUUUACUCUUUCUGGUUAUGUUCAUCUAUUCCAUAUUUGGGAUGUCCAAUUUUGCAUAUGUGAAAAAAGAAGCAGGUAUUGAUGACAUAUUCAAUUUUGAAACAUUUGGCAACAGCAUGAUUUGCCUGUUCCAAAUUACCACUUCAGCUGGCUGGGAUGGCUUGCUUUUGCCCAUCAUGAACAGUGGCCCUCCCGACUGUGAUCCCAAAGCAUAUAAUCCUGGCACCAAUGUGGAAGGAAACUGUGGAAAUCCAAUGGUGGGGGUAAUCUUUUUUGUUAGCUACAUCAUCAUUUCCUUUUUGAUUGUGGUGAACAUGUAUAUUGCCAUCAUUUUAGAGAACUUCAAUGUGGCAACUGAGGAAAGUGCUGAGCCGCUCUGUGAGGAUGACUUUGAAAUGUUCUAUGAAGUCUGGGAAAAGUUUGAUCCAGAAGCCACACAAUUUAUUGAGUAUGCUAGAUUAUCUGACUUUGUCGAUACAUUAAAGGAGCCAUUGAGGAUUGCCAAACCAAAUAAGAUUAAGCUGAUUACCAUGGACCUACCAAUGGUGAUUGGCGACAAAAUACACUGUCUGGAUAUACUCUUUGCAUUGACCAAGGAAGUCUUGGGGGAAUCUGGAGAAAUGGAUGCCCUAAAGGAGUCAAUGGAAGAGAAAUUCAUGGCUGCCAACCCUUCCAAGGUUUCCUAUGAACCCAUUACCACUACACUUCGAAGGAAGCAAGAGGAGGUUUGUGCAAUCAAAAUUCAACGUGCUUUCCGCCGUCAUCUGCUGAAACGUUCUGUCAAACAUGCAUCCUACUUGUACCGUCAUAGUGUAACUGAUGCAAUUCUACCUGAUGAAGAAGCUCCGGAAAAGGAAGGGUUAAUUGCUACUAGAUUGAGUCAAAACUAUGGGAAAUACCAACCUGAUACAGAAAGUCCACCAUCCAUAGCUCAAGAAACAACUACUCCACCUGAUGUAGCAGAUCUUCCUCUAGAAACUGGAGUGACUCCUCUAGAAGGAGCAGUACCUCCAGAUGAACCAACAGACUGGAUUGCUGAAACAAAAGAUAUUAGAGAGUCAGUUGUAUAAUUGGGCUUGCAGAAAGUCAAGAUUAUGAAGCAGAGCACAAGGUGUCAAGUGUGUAACACUAGCACCCUCACGAAUGUAACUUUGUCUCAAAUUUUCUAGCACUGAAAGUUUCCAGUCAACUUGUGGGAAAUGGAUUUGCAACUGGUCUUUGCUGCAAAGUCUGGGAGGACCCAUGCUAUAAUUACAAUCCUUGGGGAAGAACAAAAUAUUACAUCUAUUACAAAGAUGUCCCCAAUACAAAUAACUAUAAUCUGCACUAUGAUAAAAUGCUUACUCCAACUCAGAUAUGCAUUUCUACACUGUCGCAAUUGGUCUGGGUAAAAGAGAGUAAUACUGACUGUUGCAGAUCAUUAGAGUUUUUCAAACAUUUGCUUUCCUUCACGGAAAUGCCGGUGGCUCUAAUUCAGUGAUGGUGUUGAUAUCAGAUAUGCUGCAGUUAAGUAAUACCAGACAGCAUCCAGGAUUGCCUUCUAAAUGUUAUAGAAACAUAAGUUUAUCACAUGAUGUGUUUGUUCAAAAAUUACUUUUUUCCAAUUUCAUUUCAAAAUUAUUCAACAUAAAAUACUUUUAAUACUGUGCUUUUACUAUUCUGACAAACACCACUUACCUACAGUGUAUGUAGCAUUCAAAUAAUCACAGGCAAUGAACUUUUAUUACAGUACAUGGGUACUUUUUUGUAAAAUGCAUCUUAAAAAGGAGUCAUCUCCUCAAUUGUUGAAUUGUAAUUCUUUUUAAGGUUCAGCUGUUCAGAAGCUAUUUUAAAUCUAUCUUUUAUAUGCUGCAGAACACCAAAGUAGAAUGGCAUUCAAUUAAUCUGGUAAUUCUCUGGAAUAAGUGCACUAGCCAUUUUGACUUAAGAGUUUUGAUCUACACCUGUGCACGUUUGAAAACUUUUGAGUCCUUUCUCUCUCCCUUAAUCCUCCAUCAGUGGGAUUCAUUGCUCAAGGUGAAGAAGUGAAUCUUAUUACUAUUGUUGUAAAAGCAAUGCAAACUUUUUCUUCUGCGGUCAUGAAAUAUUGAUAUAUCGACUCAUUGGUGGUCGUGAUUCAUAAAUUUGCAUGUGUUGAUUCAUUAACACUUUGUUUUCAAUCAGUGGAUUGUUCAAAACAACUUGUAAACCCUCGGUACACACACUGUAAAGCACAAUUACAAGUUGAUAGCAUUGCAAAUCAUUGUAGAUAGGGUAAAUUGAUCAGCUUUGUGAUCUUGCUGCUUUUCUUAACAGUGCUGUUUAAUAGGAGGACAUCUCAAUAAAACUGGGAUGGAUGAGAGAGCAACACACACA